GCCUCAUUCGCCAGCAUCAUCGAUGCUAUCAUUGCGGCUAGUGAUUUCAUUAGUCUUCAUAUUUCUCAAUAUCCCUAAGAAUUUGGCUGAUGAUCCGCCGUUCUUGUUUCCUCAUGGUUAUUUUGACAGCGCUAAGCUGAAGCCAUUCGAUGCCAUUUACCUGAACAUGAUGGCACAAUCGAAUUUGGAAUAUGGAGGCAUUACUCUAGAGGAGCUGGGGAAGCUAGGAGAUUCUCGAAAAAUCAUUCCGCGUCCACCUAAUCUGCCUCGGAAUAGAGAAGAAGACGAUAUUUCGCUGGAUAGUGUAUCGUUGCCACUGGAAACUGAUGAUAUCGCCCCUGGCAAAAACUUCACCCCGACGGAAACUCAUCGACCGCAGAGACCUCUCACUGGCGAACUUGAAGAGUUUGUUGCCGCCUCUGGAGGGUCUCCACAGACCCCUUCGUCACUGAAGGGACCCUCGCCAUCUUCACUAGUUUCAUCCGCCCUCACUAUGACAGCCACGGAACAUGUAUAUCCUGGUGCAAAGCCGCUGGGUGAAAAACAGGCCAAAAUUGAUAUCAGUGAUGUUGUGAAAAAACCGCCAUCGCCUUUUAGGCUGAUCAGGAGGCUGCAGAGACGCGUUCGUAGAGCGACUGAAGAAGAAAAUCCCUUUGAAGACAUAGCGACUCGUGCUCCACCAAGGGACCAGAUGCAGUUGCAAAUUGUGCGCCAAAUACUCAGAAAAACGCGACGUAAGAAGAACAAGCAUUUUCUCACUCGAAAUGACAUCUAUGACCCAAAAAGAAAGGACAGAGAAAGAAUGACGCGAGUUGAACGGCAAAAACUUCGAGAAGAACUGGCACUAAAGCCGGAUUCGGUCGAGAAGCAGGAAAUUGCGGUGGCUGAUGAUACAGCCAUUUUGGUUAAGGAAACCAUACGCGCUCGUCAUAUUCGACGGCCACAACAAGCCCCAACCGAUGAAAAAUUUGAAACUGAUUUGAGAACCACGCCGAAACCUCAUUUGCCUACACUGGUACCGACCAUCGAGAAAGCCCCUCGUUUGCCAAAUAAUCCAUUUGCUGAACUGGAUAUCAGCAAGCCUACGAUAAUUUACUUGCCUGUACCACCGGAAAUGGAUGAACUUUUUGUCAGAUAGCUUUCGUUACUAGGUAAUAGGAUAUAUAAGGUAUAUGUACAUAUAUAGUUUAAUACGAUAUAGGUAGCUUUAUGUUUUUGCGCUUCCUUUUUCGUGCAUAAAUUCCAUACGUUUCA